AUGGCCAAUGUGGCAGAAAAGUGUGAUGAGGCUCUUGCCUCUCCUCUGCCUCACACAGCCUUCACCAGCUCGUCUGUCUUCUCCAGUGGAUAUGCACCUGGAUAUGCCAAGCUCAACAGGAGAGGAGGAGCCGGUGGAUGGUCACCUCUAGACAGUGACCAUUACCAGUGGCUACAGGUGGACCUCGGUUCAAGAAAGCAGGUGAGCGCCAUAGCAACACAGGGUCGCUACAGCAGCUCUGAUUGGACGACGCAGUAUCGCCUUCUCUACAGUGACACAGGAAGGAACUGGAAACCUUAUCAUCAAGAUGGCAACAUUUGGGCUUUCUCUGGGAACUCCAACUCAGAGAGUGCAGUUCGCCAUGAGCUCCAGCAGGGAAUCGUGGCUCGCUUCCUUAGGCUCAUCCCGUUAGAAUGGAGCGAGGAGGGACGGAUUGGUCUGCGAAUAGAAGUUUACGGAUGCUCCUACUGGGCAGACAUCAUCAAUUUUGAUGGGCAGGGUGUGAUCUCAUAUCGUUUUAAGGUGAAGAAGAUGAAGCUCAUUAAGGACGUGAUCGCACUGAGGUUUAAGACGUCAGAAAGUGAGGGUGUGAUUCUCCAUGGGGAAGGCCAGCAGGGAGACUAUAUCACACUGGAACUCCGUAAAGCCAAGCUGCUGCUGCAGAUAAACCUGGGCAGUAAUCAGUAUGGCUCGAUCCUGGGUCAUACCUCUGUGACCACAGGGAGCCUCUUGGAUGACAAUCACUGGCACUCAGUAGUGAUUGAACGCUACCGUCGCAAUGUGAACUUCACCUUGGACAGACACACUCAGCACUUCAGGACUAAUGGAGAGUUUGACCACCUCGAUUUGGACUAUGAAUUGAGUUUUGGCGGGAUGCCUUACAGUGGAAAGCCAGUGGGAAUAGGAAGGAAAAACUUUAAAGGCUGCAUGGAGAGCAUCAACUACAAUGGAGACAACAUUACAGACCUGGCCCGCCGAAAGAAGCUCGACACCUCCAGCUUUCGAAACCUGUCCUUCACCUGUGCGGAGACCCACACCUUCCCAGUCUUUUUCAACGCCACCAGUUUCCUGCAGUUGCCUGGUCGAGCCAAUCAUAACACGGUAUCCGUGGGCUUCCAGUUUCGUACGUGGAACCCUCAUGGCCUCCUCCUAUUCAGCAAUCUUGAUGAUGGCACUCUGGAGAUCUCGCUUGAGGACGGCAAGGUUGCAGUUCACAUCAAUGUGACGAAAGCGGCCAAAAGCUACCGAGUAGAUUUAUCAUCAGGCUCGGGCCUCAAUGAUGGCCAGUGGCAUGCAAUACGUUUGGUUGCCAAGGAGAACUUUGCCAUGUUGACGAUAGACGGCGAGGAGGUGUCUGCUGUGCGCUCCGUCUCACCUCUCAGCAUCACCACGGGAGGAACCUAUCACCUCGGAGGUUAUUUUCUGCAAACACUGUUUCCACCAACCCAGCGUUCGUUUCAAGGCUGCAUGCAAGCAGUCUUAGUUGAUGACCAACCUGCUGAUCUACAUGCUGUGGAGAAAGGCACUGUGGGAGCUUUUGAGAAUGUCAGCCUGGACAUGUGUGCAAUCAUAGACAGAUGUAUGCCCAAUCAUUGUGAACAUGGUGGUCGGUGUAAACAGACCUGGGACAGCUUCAGCUGUACUUGUGAUGGAACUGGAUACACUGGAGCAACAUGUCAUACUUCGAUCUAUGAGCCUUCGUGUGAGGCCUACAAGCAUUUGGGCAAGUCCUCCGAUGCCUACUGGAUCGACCCCGAUGGCAGCGGACCUCUUGGCCCCUUCAAAGUUAACUGCAACAUGACAGAGGACAAAGUAUGGACCACAGUGAUGAACAACCUGCCUCCCAAAACCAUAGUCACAGGCUCCAGCAGAAACAGACGGACCGUGUUACAGGUCAACUACAGUGCCUCAAUGGACCAGGUGACAGCCAUCACCACCAGUGCAGAAUACUGUGAGCAGCAAAUCGCCUACAGCUGUCGCAUGUCCAGACUCCUCAACACUCCAGGUAAAGGCUGA